AUUAAAUAUAAUGUAUGGACUUCUGAAAACUGCAGCUGAAGAAAUGCUUUCUAAAGCAAUUCGAACUUAUACUUUUAAUGAUUUGAUUGUUAUUGGUAGACAUCCAUACAAAAAUUUACCUGAAAUGUUAGCAUAAUACCCAAACAAUGGAGUAGGAUUCAAAGUUUGGAGAAAGACUUGGCCAGAAAAUAAAUAUAUAAUUAUUACUGAGGCACAUUUUAAAGUAAGGGAUUUAUUUUACAGAAUUUAAGGGAUUAAGAAAUGGCAAAUUUUUUGGUAUUGAAUAUUACAAUGGCAAACCACUUACACCAUAACCAAUAAAAAUUAGNCCUAAACAUAUGAUAAUAACAAAGAUAAAAUUAGUAUUAUGA